GGCUAGUUCCAGAAUUCUCCUCAAACUGGUGACAGAGAAAGAGCCCCGGGUCCGAAAACUGAUAUGGAAACGCUUCGUGAAAAUGCACAACGUGCUCUCCAAAUGAGAGGAAUUGCUGAAAGCAAUGGGGGAAGAUGGUACAGGACAUGCAUGGUUCGAUAUGGAAGUUGUUCUUAUCAUCAAAACACAACCCGCACUCAUUCCAUGAACUGAUUCCAACAGUUUGUGAUCUGAUCGAAUCGUUCAAAGCCAUGCAGGCUUCCUUGGAACUGGCUGCUGAACUGAAAGAUGUUCAGCAGAUGCACAGGGAGACACUAAAGGCACAGACGGAAACAUUGAGAGUGAACAUGUUCCUGAUGACGGAGAAGGUUAAGGCGUUCCCACUGGUUGAUCGAUACGCUGAGCUCACGAUCAUAUUCACUGUUCGAGAUCGGGAAGUAGUGGAACAUGAGCUGUUGGCAAGAGGCCGGGACCAUGAAGAGUGGAGAGAGGAACUUCUCGGGGGAGAGUUAGAAAAAAUCCGAACUGAUCAGUUAUUCCAGAGCUUUUGGGCGAGGAAAUCCAAAUCAGGCAGUUCGACUUCUGUGGCUGGAGUUCCGGGGAUCGGAAAAACAACAAUGGUGCAAAAAAUUGUUUAUGACUGGGCCACAGGGAAAAUAUUCCAACAAUUCCAGUUUAUCUUCAGUUUCAAAUUCCGAGAUUUAAACACGAUUAAAGACAGGAUAACCCUGAACGAACUGAUUCUGGAUCAGUAUCCUUACUUUAGGAAUAUCCUGCGAGAAGUCUGGAAGAACCCAGAGGGAUUGCUAUUUAUAUUUGAUGGCUUGGAUGAAUUCAAGGAUCCAGGAAAUAUUUUGAAACUCCUCAGUGAAGCCCACAGCACGACAGAUGGGAGAUUUGAAGUGUUUCUCCGUUUUGUCGCUGGUCUCGCCUCUCCCGGGGCAGCUCAGGGCCUGGAGGAGUUUCUGGGUCGAUUUCCUCAACAAACAACCUGCCGAGUGCUUGACUGGGUGAAGGAGGAGGUUAAACGCCGGGCUGGAAAUACAUGGACUAAAGCUGAUAAAAUGAGCCUCCUGAACACAAUGCACUACAUAUUUGAGUCUCAGAAUCGUGCACUGGCUCAGCAGACACUGGGAAGUGUGGAAACACUUUCAUUUUGUGGACUGGAACUGACCCCGAUUGACUGUGCGGUCCUGUCUCAUGUCAUUGGACUGUGUGAUACAAUCAAACACCUCGAUCUGGAGUACUGCCGCAUUCAGUGUGACGGUCUCCAGCGGCUGGGACCAGUUCUGCACCAGUGUCAGCACUUGGGACUGGGAGGGAACAGGCUGGGAGAUUCCGGAGUGAAACUGCUGUCUGCGGCUCUGAUGAAUGCGGACUGUAAAAUACAGAGACUGGGGCUGCAAUGUGUCGGUCUCACAGAUUCUGGAGCCGAGGAUCUCGUCUCUGCCCUCAGUACAAACCACUCACUGACGGAGCUGGAGCUAACUGAGAAUAAAUUGGGAGAUUCCGGAGUGAAACUAGUGUCUGCGGCUCUGAGGAAGCCGGACUGUAAAAUACAGAAACUGUGGCUGGACGCUGUCGGUCUCACAUAUUCUGGAGCCCAGGAUCUCGUCUCUGCUCUCAGUACAAACCCCUCACUGACGGAGCUGGACUUGGGAGGGAAUGGCCUGGGAGAUUCUGGAGUGAAACUGGUGUCUGCGGCUCUGAGGAACCCUGACUGUAAAAUACAGAGACUGGGGCUGUGGGCUGUUGGUCUCACAGAUUCUGGAGCCGAUGAUCUCGCCUCCGCUCUCAGCACAAACCGCUCACUGACAGAGCUGAAACUGGGGAACAAUGAACUGGGAGACUCUGGAGUGAAACUGGUGUCAGCGGGUGUUAGGAACUCGGACUGUGAAAUACAGCGACUGUGGCUGGACAGUAUCAAUCUCACAGAUUCUGGACUCGAUGAUCUAGCCUCCGCUCUUAGUACAAGGCUCUCACUGCUGGAGCUGGAGCUGGGAUCAAACUCCCUCACAGACCGAUCUGUUGCCUCUCUUCGCCGCCUCAUACUUGCCCUCCCGAGUCUGGAACGGAUCAGGCUGGGGAGGAAUCGGUUUAGUGCAGAUGGACGGAACCAGCUGGAGAGUCUGUGUGGAAUCAGACCCGGGCUGAGUAUGGAGCUGUGA